AGCGAACCAUUGGUUUGAGUGAUGGUUGCGAUCAAAACAAACCACUGAUUGAAGCGCUGAAGACAUGCAGAAGACAUUGACACCAAUUGUGUGUAAUUGUCGUAUGAAUGCAAUAGUCGUCCCAUAAUUGCAUUGAUUAUUGUGUUUGCAAUCAAUACUUGUAGUCAUAAUUGGCGUGAAUUUGUUGCGCAAACUAUUAGCGAAGAAACCCGUGAUUUGGUCGUACGCUGGGAUCAGUUGCAGUGAUCAAUGGCCGCGAUAUUGAGGACGUUUGGCAUCAAGAAGUCUAAGCAUAAGAAACUGCCUGAAGAGUGGAGCGAUUGUAAGGCACCAGUGAUUGAAGGCAUCACUUUCUACUGUAAAUAUCUGGGAAACACUGUCAUCGAAGAGCCAUCCAGUGAAGUGCUGACCGCCGAAGCCAUCAAACGAAUCAUACAAAUGGCCAAAGCGAGUGGAAAGAAAUUAAGACACGUAUCGAUAAACGUAAAGCCCAUUGGCAUCAGCGCUAAGGACACCAACUCCGGGGACCAGCUCUUCAACCUAUCCAUCUAUCGGAUCUCUUACUGUUCAGCGGACGCCACCUUUGAUCGCGUGGUGGCCUUCAUAGCGACCAACGCUAAUGAGACCCACGAAUGUCACGCAUUCCUGACCCCCAAACGUAAGAUAGCGGAGGCCAUGGCUCUGACCAUUUCGCAGGCGUUUAGUAUUGCUUUCGACAAAUGGAAACAAAUCUCAAACAACGCCGACCACUGCCAUAAGAGCGCCGCCAAAGACGCGGAAAACGGUAACAAAAUAACGGCGAAAGACGAUAAGAGCGGUGUUGGCGUCGGCGGCCAUCAGUCAUUCGUAGACCAGCCACUCAUUGAUCUCAAUAGUGAUGAGAACGUCCGGCCAGACAGACCCUCCACUGCCAGCUAUGGCUUCGAUGACAACUUUUUCAGGUUGAAUGAAAACAAAGUGAUUGGACAGCAGUUAUGCAAUAAUCUGAAUCUCGAGAACUUUGAGAAAUUACAAGAAUUUGUCCGAAAAGAGGUGACUGAGAGUGAGAACAGCGAAAAGUUCUUCGCCGACGACGACCUCUUCUCGCUGUAAAUAAUAGAUAUAAACAACACGUCUUUGUUUGUCUCAAAACGAUUGUGACAUUUGUUUUUAGUUUAUAAGAAAGUUUUGUUCAUUUACUUAAUCGCGUGAAUAUUUGAUGCAUUUAUAGACACA